CGCUAACAGGCGGCGCAGCCCCGGUGGCCCCUCUCCACCUCCCGCUCCUGCAGACCCGCGCCCAGGGCGGCCCCCGGCCCGAGCGCGCAGCCGAGCUGAGCCGAGCGGGCGCGGCGGCGGCGCGGGGGUGGGGCUGGAGGAGGAGAGGGAGGGAGCGAGCGAGCAGGAGGAGGUUCCGGGAAGUUCUGGAGUUAUUUGACAGCAGCCGGCGAAGCCGCACAGGACGCGGAGGGCCGCUGCGUGCGCAGGGCAGCUGCUGGAGUCCGGCGCCCGGAGCGCGGGGUGAGGACCGCGAGCGGCCGCUGCGCCCGGCUUCCAGCCGCCGUGCCGCGCGCGUCACCAUGCUGCUCCCGCAGCUCUGCUGGCUGCCCCUGCUCGCCGGGCUGUUCCCGCCGGCGCCCGCGCAGAAGUUCUCGGCGCUCACGUUUUUGCGAGUCGAUCAAGAUAAAGACAAGGACUGCAGCCUGGAUUGUGGGGGCUCCUCACAGAAGCCCCUCUGCGCGUCGGACGGCAGGACCUUCUUGUCUCGCUGCGAGUUUCAGCGCGCCAAAUGCAGAGACCCUCAGCUGGAAAUUGCUUAUCGAGGGAACUGCAGAGACGUGUCCAGGUGUGUGGCCGAGAGGAAGUACACCCAGGAGCAGGCCCGCAAGGAGCUGCAGCAGGUGUUCAUCCCGGAGUGCAACGAUGACGGCACCUACAGCCAGGUGCAGUGUCACAGCUAUACCGGAUACUGCUGGUGCGUCACGCCCAACGGGAGGCCCGUCAGCGGCACGGCCGUGGCCCACAAGACACCCAGGUGCCCGGGUUCCAUAAAUGAAAAGGUACCCCAAAGGGAAGGCACAGGAAAAACAGUCUCCUUGCAAAUCUUUUCCGUUCUGAAUUCAGAUGAUGCCACAGCUCCAGCGUUGGAGACUCAACCUCAAGGAGAUGAAGAAGAUAUCGCAUCACGUUACCCCACACUUUGGACUGAACAAGUUAAAAGUCGGCAGAACAAAACCAAUAAGAAUUCAGUGUCCUCGUGUGACCAGGAGCAGCAGUCGGCCCUGGAAGAGGCGAGGCAGCCCAAGAAUGACAACGUGGUGAUCCCCGAGUGUGCCCACGGCGGCCUCUACAAGCCAGUGCAGUGUCACCCCUCCACCGGCUACUGCUGGUGCGUCCUGGUGGACACUGGACGCCCCAUCCCCGGCACGUCCACCAGGUACGAACAGCCGAAGUGUGAUAACACAGCCAGGGCUCACCCAACCAGAACAAGGGAUUUGUACAAGGGCCGUCAGCUCCAAGGUUGUCCUGGUUCCAAAAAGAAUGAGUUUCUGACGAGCAUUUUGGACGCUCUGUCCACUGACAUGGUCCACGCGGUCUCCGACCCCUCUUCCUCAGGCAGGCCUUCGGAACCCGACCCCAGCCACACGUUAGAGGAGCGUGUGGUCCACUGGUACUUCAAACUACUGGAUAAAAACUCCAGUGGGGAUAUUGGCAAGAAGGAGAUUAAGCCCUUCAAGAGGUUCCUUCGGAAAAAAUCAAAACCCAAAAAAUGUGUGAAGAAGUUUGUCGAAUACUGUGAUGUGAAUAACGACAAAUCCAUCUCCGUGCAAGAGCUGAUGGGCUGCCUCGGGGUGACAAAAGAAGAAGGUAAAGCAAACGCAAAGAAACGCCCUACCCCAAGAGCUAAUGCUGAAAGCACCUCUAAUAGACAGCCAAGGAAGCAAGGAUAGUGGCUCACACAUCCAAGGCGGUCCUAGACAUGUGGGAGACUCCCUCACCAAAAAGCAAUUAAAACAAAACAAAAACAAAAACACAUAGUAUUUGCACUUUGUACUUUAAAUGUAAAUUCACUUUGUAGAAAUGAGAUAUUUAAACAGACUGCUUUAAUCUGUGAAAUGGCAGGGCUGGCUUCAGAAAACUAGUCACAUACAAUGUAUGUGUCCUUUUUUGACCUUGGAAAUCUGUACUUGGUGGAGAUGUGUUUUGAAUGGCUUUAAGCUUAAUUUCUUUAUCCUACACAUGUUGACAUAGUAGAAAUCGUAGCCUCAGGCCCUGCAGCCCCAACCCUGUGCCUUUCUCCCCACCCAGGGCAGUCCCUCCUAGUCACGCCACGAUGACUUCCUUUGCGAUCGGCUGUGCCCGCGGAAGCUUCCAUGGAAGUUUGCAACCGCUGCUGUCCUCAUCAUGCAGCUAACAAGUGCACGGGUUUGUUUGUUUCUUGGGAUUUUGUGUUAGUUUGUUUUGCUUUGCUGUCCAGAGAUCUUGUUCACGCCAUGAGUCACGCAACCACUAAGCCAUCUGAUAACUGGGAGGAAAGCCAUCUUUCCUGGUAGGAAAGACUGUUUUUCCACCUAUCUUGGAUGUGCUGCUUUUCCUUUCCAAGCUUCUGUUUGAGCUUUGCCUCGGCCUCGGAUUAAUCAUGCCACAGAGUGCUAGAGAACUACCCCUGCUGUCCAGAGGCAGUGUAAACAGGCCCACCGUUCAGAGAAGUAGAUUCAGUCCUCGCAUGACCACGCCCGUGCUUGUCUGCCCUGCUUCUUCUCUCACACAUGACCAUUGCCCGUCCUACCCUGGUCCAGUCUGGGGCCUACUGGAAGGUCAGACGAUCACUGAACAAAUUUGGAAUAUCCUCCGUAGAGAAGGCUGAGCCAGCAUGAGCUAUGCGCUGGACGCUGGUCUUGGCAGCCGAGGACAAGUGCCUGCCGGCCCCUAGCUUCCUGCUGUCCCGAUGGCCUCAGGACAUUCGCCCGAGUGGAGCUUGAGAGCAGGGUCAGGAGCUGAAUGCCCACGCUGCGAGCAGCAGGACCGGGCCGUGGGUACAACCAGCGGCCACCAGCAACUGCCCCUUGGCUCGAUGGAGCCACUUGGAGGACGGUCCGAGGGCAGUGUGGGCCAAGUUGUGAUGCUGUUCCAGCUCCAACUUUUGGUUGGAAAAAUAACCUUCAUGGCCCCAAAUUCCCCAACACACAUCAUGUAAAAUGAUCUCUGUGCAUAUGCAUGAAGAUAUUUUAUGAGGCUUCUUACUUAUUUAAACUGUACGAAAGUAAAACCCGAAACUUUGGAGCCACAAAACCAGCUUAAGUGCGUGUCAUCAUUGUUUAAGAAACAGUUAUCCUAAAUUUAUUGAAUAAUCCUUUAUAUUUCUGAACUUUGAAUUUAAUCAUUUUUCUUAGAUUCCAAUAAAAUAUGCUAUCAAAA